AUGGGUGCCUCAGAGUCCAAGCUCGUCUUUAAACAAGGCAUCUUCCGACUCUCUGAGCAGGCAAACAUCCCCCCAGACGAUCAUUAUUGGACUGGGUUCUGGGAAUUGCCCGAGUCGGUCGAAGAUGUCUUCAGUCUAUUCUCUCCCACCGACAUACGCCGGACGCGCGAUGGCUCUUUGUCGAAUUUAGAGACAUUAUUACUCGCAAUCUGCUCCCGCCUGGUUGCGCUACGGCACCACCCAUCGUUCCCUGAUCCCGAACUCGCACCCGCAAGAGAUGCGCUGAAUUGCAUCCGCAUCCUUACAAGGCUGCUGCCAUAUGUCUACGAAGCCGAUAACCUGGAGGAAUGGGAAGAUGAGUUCUUCUGGAGGCGGAGACGGAAGAUGUCUCGCAAGGCACAGCUUUCGUCUCGGGUGCUCUUUGAUGAAUCUCGCAGUCAGGAAGAGGAUGAUGAUGAAGGGGGAGUGCAGACUGGUCGACGAGGGUUGUCGGAGGAGGAUUUCGAAGAUGUCAAACCGCUUGCUGAAGAACUGCUGGAUACGCUUUUGGACCUGCUUUUCUUCAGCGGGUUCACGAUACCACAGAUACCCCCGUCAAAGGGGAAAGUCGUCUAUUCCAUAUGGCAGAGUGGUGUAGGAUGCAAUACCGCGAUGGGUUCGAAUAAGGAGCUUGAGAGCAAUAGAACGGAAGUUUUGAGGCUUUUGCUUACCAUGACCGGCCAGUCCAUGUACAUGCAACCCAGUACGUACCUCCUUCCAUUGCCCUUUUCAAACUGCACCAUCAUAACUAACGCCAGUCAAGGCCUGCUACCCGUAAAAGGGGUGAAAUCUCUCACAUACCUUGUUACCUGUGGUGAUAAGAAAUUGGUCAUGUCACUGCUCUGCUCCCUGCUAAAUACGACAAUCAAAUAUAACCCUACACCGUGGCGGCUACCAUACGACCAUGUCGUUUGGAAAGACCCCAAACAGAUCCUCGUCAUAUACUGUCUCCAAUUCCUACUUGCUCUCCUCCUUUACCCUAUCCCAGAAGAUGGCCGGGGUAGUCUACCCAAGAACUACUAUCAGCACUUCCUCGGGCGCCUGCAUCAGCCUCAGGAUUUUCAGUUCCUAGUUGAAGGAAUGACUAGAAUACUAAAUCAACCGAUGCAAGCAACCUCCUCGUAUCUACCAGGAAGCCAGAAAUCAAUAAAAUGGGCUCCAGAAAUGCUCAUGCUAUUCUGGGAAUUGGUCCAGUGCAACAAGCGGUUCAGAUCGUUCAUCGUGGACUCCAACCGCGCCCAUGAUUUUAUCAUCAUCUGCAUCUUCUACGCUAUAGAAUACAAGACCGACCCGUCUAAAAAUGGCUUGGUCAAGAUGUGCAUCUUCUUACUUCAGACGCUGAGCGUUGAGCCGAACUUUGGCAAAAAUCUGUUCCGAAGGUUCGAAGCCCAGGAUACUCUGCCGCCCAGCAUUCGACUAGAGAACUUCGGGGGCACUUAUGGUGACUUCUUGAUCAUUUCCAUCCAUACACUCAUUAACACUAGCAAAGGGAAAUUAGACGCCGUAUAUCCGGCGUUGCUUGCCAUCAUCAACAAUGUGGCAGCAUAUGCCCAACGACUUUCUCCCGCCUGUGCUUCCAAGGUUCUUCAGCUAUUUGUUUCAAUGUCUGCCCCAAGCUUCCUAUUAGCCAACGAGACGAACCACCUCCUACUAUCCUCCCUCCUUGAAUUUAUAAAUACUGUCCUCGAACACCAAUUCAGCAAGAACGCAUAUCUCGUUUAUGUCGUACUCAAGUCCAGACGUCGGUUCGAGUCGCUCCGUGCAUUCACCUUAGAGAGCGGCCAGCAGGAAAUAGAACAGCAGAAUCAACUACGGAAAGCUACAUCUAGUUCUAGCGGCGAUCGCACCCACUCAAGGGAUAGCGACUCCAAUGAGACGGGAAGCGGAAGGCGACCUCUAAACCAUGUUCCGGAAGAAGAGGAUGGAACAUUUGCCAUUGGAGACGACGAUUCCGACGAAGAUGGAGAUGGAGAGCAGCAGACCUCUCGAAUCACUUCUCCGACGGCUGAAGGCUUCCGUUCGCCCCCCAUAUCGCCUCUAGACGAGUCGGUACCGCUUCAACUUCGAGGCUUGUCUGAGAAGGCACGAGGCAAGAUGCCUGCAGGCCAGCCGACAUUUUCGCGUCAGAACAGCAUGACGAGCCUAAGCAGCUAUGCACCCACUGUCACCGCAAAUGCUCGUGGCUUUGUCCCUACUUCCUCAUGGAUUGAAUCCUGGGUGCCCGAGCUUCCCCUUCACACCAUUCUAACCAUCAUUUCCUCGAUAUCACACCGUAUCCCAGCAGCCGCGUUAGAGUCAUCACUAAACCCGGAGGCUCGCACAUUAAUAACAGAGCUCCCAUCUUUCGCUGCAGCUCCACAGAUCAGAGCAAUAUUAGCAGAACCAUCUCCCAUCCGCGUACAUAUGUUCGAAUGGUCACCUCUUUCGCUCGGCUGGUACGAGUCGCUUCUCUGGGGUUUCGUCUUUGCCAGUGAAAUGGUUGUCGGGUCUGCCGCCAAUGCAACACCAGGUACCGUCGGUGUCUGGAAUGGGACUGCCAUCAAAUUAUUCAGAGUACAGGAGACGGCGGCGCAGGGACCGACGCUGCUUGCUCCCAAAGGCGCAGUUGACGCCGUGGGCAGCAGCCUGGUACAGCGGAUAGGAAGCCUCAAUAUCACAGGCCGGAGUAGCAGUGCCAGCCAGGAAGGUCGAGAGGAGUCCAACACCGCCCGGGUGAGGGAGAGGGAGGUCUAG